AUGCUUACUAACAUACGCAGCACGACUUCCGACCAGCUUGUCAAUUGGGCAAGACAAAGCUCUCUCUGGCCCCUCAGUUUCGGCUUGGCAUGCUGCGCCAUCGAAAUGAUGCACCUCUCGAUGCCUCGCUACGACCAAGACCGGUUAGGCAUUAUCUUUCGCGCUUCGCCUAGGCAAGCCGACGUUAUGAUUGUUGCUGGGACUGUAACGAACAAGAUAGCCUCCGCGGUGCGACUUUGCUACGACCAGAUGCCAGAACCAAGGUGGGUAAUCAGCAUGGGGAGCUGUGCGAAUGGCGGAGGAUACUAUCAUUACAGUUAUAGCGUUGUGAGAGGUGUGGAUAGGAUAAUUCCUGUUGACAUUUACGUGCCAGGUUGUCCACCUACAGCAGAAGCGUUAAUGUAUGGCAUCUUUCAGCUGCAGAAGAAGAUGAGAAAGACGAAGGUUACCCGGAUGUGGUACAGGAAGUAG